AUGCUCACGUGGCUUCUCGACAGCGACGACCCGGUCAAGAGGCUCGGGCUGUUGCUAUUGGGACUCGCCGUCGGGGCCACGAUCGCCGUGCAAUGUCUGCCAAGUGACAAUACCGAUAGGAAACUCGCGCAGAUCGGACACAGCGUCGCCCCUGGCGCCCAACGGCCCACGCGCGUGGCGUUCUUACCGUCCGCCAUCCCUGUCGUCGGCCAUGCCGUGUACAUGGCGUACUACGCGAAUCGGUUCUUAGAGUGGACGACAGACGUCUUCUUGUCGCGGAAGGGCGCGCCGUUCACGCUGCGUCUGCCGUUCCAGCGCGAUAUGAUCCUCACGGCCAAUCCGCAGCACUACGAACACGUGAUGAAGACCCAAUACGACAACUUCCGCAAAGGAGACCACAUCUACGACCUGCUCCAGGACCUGCUCGGGGACAGCAUCUUGAUCGUCGAGGGCGACGAGUGGAAGUUCCACCGGCGCGUGUUCGUGAACCUCUUUAGUUCGCACGCCCUGCGCGAGCACAUGGCGCCCAUUAUCCAAAAACACGUGCGCGUCGUGCAGCACGUGCUCGAGGCGGCCUCGACGACCGACGCACCGGUCGACGUGUUCACUCUCGCGGGCCGAUUCACGCUCGACGCGUUCGGGGAGAUCGCCUUUGGCUUCAACCUGAGUACCCUCACACUGCAGCACGAGCACCCGUUCGAACGGGCGUUCGUAGACGCGCAGCACAUUGCCGCCGCUCGUCUCGUCCAGCCGACGUGGUACUGGAAGCUCAAGCGCUGGCUCAAUGUCGGGAGCGAGAAGCGCUUCCGCACAGCGUUGACGGCCGUCGACCACUUUGUCAUGGACGUGAUAUCCAAAACAAUGGCCAAACGCAACGCAAUGAACGGCAACGUGCGCGAAGACGGCAGGAGUCGCAAUCGAGACAUCGUGUCCCUCAUCCUCGCCAACGAGACGGUGGAUGGGAAGCCCGUGGACCCUGUGGUCAUCCGCAACAUUGUGCUCAUGGCGCUCAUUGCGGGACGGGACACCGCCGCCGACGCCCUCGCGUGGAUGUUCCACUUGCUGUCGCUCAACCCACAGGUCGAAAACAAGCUGCGGGCAGAGCUGAAGCAAAGGCUGCCGAAGCUCGGGACGGACUUUGCCUACGUCCCAGACAUGCACGACGUGCAAAAGUUAGUGUACUUGGAAGCGACAAUCUGCGAGGCGCUGCGGCUCUACUCGCCCGUGGGCUUAGCCCAGAAGCUGUGUGUCCGCGACACCGUGUUUCCAGACGGCACGUUUGUUCCGAAAGGCGCGAACAUUGCUCUCGUGUAUUACGCCAUGGCCCGGAUGCCAAGUGUUUGGGGCGACGACGCCGCGUCGUUCGUGCCGGAACGGUUCAUUGAUGCUCAAUCCGGCGAGAUGCUCAAAAUCUCGUCGGGUAAGUUUAGUGCGUUCAACACGGGACCUCGCGUGUGCGUCGGCCAGAAACUAGCAAUGAUGGAGAUGAAGAUGGUCGUCGCGUGCAUCGUGAGUCGAUUCCAUCUGGACGAAGUCCCUGGCCAAGAUGUCGCGUGCUCCAUUGGACUUACAAUCGGUAUGAAGAAUCCGCUCAUGAUGCACGUGCGUAAGCUUCCGCCAGCUGAUGAAGUUGCUGUAGGGGUAGCGGCUUGA